CGUGGGCGAGAGCGGCGAGGCGGGAGGCGGGGAUGGGGACGGCCGGAGAGCGCGGCGGCGCAAGGCCGGAGGCCGGCCCGUUCUUCACCUUGGCCGAAGUGGCGAAGCGCAGCAGCGACCGGGAGGCCUGGCUGGUCAUCCACGACCGCGUCUAUGACGUCACCCGCUUCCUCGACGAGCAUCCAGGUGGAGAUAAGGUUCUGCUUGAACAAGCUGGUAGAGAUGCCACAGAGAGCUUUGAAGAUGUUGGCCACUCCAUGGAUGCUAAAGAAAUGCUCAAGCAGUAUCUCAUAGGAGAGGUCCAUCCGGAUGAUCGCAAACCUGAUACUUCCAAGGUUCCAAGCCCAUUCCAUGAGUCAAGCAUCUGGACGGUCUGGCUGAUCCCUAUCCUGGGAGCCUUGGUUCUGGGCUUGAUGUAUCGCUACUACAUAAUGGAUGGCAAGUCCUCCUGACUUGAAUCUGUAGGAGUUAUCUGCACCCACCUCACUCCAUUGACAGCUGUAGAUGUUUUCUAAUUUCUGAUGGCUUCCAGACGUCUUUCACUUUUAUCAGUUUAGUGCCUCUGCUACCUGCAAAGCCAAGCAGGGAUCUAGGAAAACCAUCAUCUUUGCUGUAAACUCCAGGAACUGUCAUUCCACUGCAAUAUGCUUUUUCAGGCAUCUGCUACAAGUCAUUUUCAUUUAAAUGGUUCUGAUGUUGUAGAGUGGCAGUCACUGCUUAUUCCAGCUUGUCUUAUCAAGCACUGUCAGCAGCCAGUGUGUAGCCAGGUUUCCUACAAAAAAUGAUCCCACUGGCAUCUGCCAAUGGGACUUGCUUGGGAGGAUUUUCUGUAAGCUUCUCCUAUACUUGGAUUUUCAAAUGGUUAAAUUAAGUAUAUAAUUUUAAUUGUGUUUUGGUUUACAUAGUCCUGUUUCAUUGUAUGCCUAUUCUGUAAUAAAAAUCUCUCUGGACCAGCCA